AUGAGGCACAAUCAGAUGUGUUGUGAGACACCCCCGACUGUCACUGUUCAUGUAAAAUCAGAGUUAAAUAGACCACAACCUAAAAAACCCAUUAAUAUGAAACGUUCUAUUUUUAAAGAUGGUUGGCAAGCAUCUGAAAAAAAUGCACAUAAUAAUAAAUCUAAACGUCCCAAAGGACCUUGUCUAGUUAUACAACGUCAGGAAAUGACUGCCUUCUUUAAAUUAUUUGAUGAUGAUUUAAUUCAAGAUUUCUUGUGGAUGGACUGCUGCUGUAAAAUUGCAGACAAGUAUCUUUUGGCUAUGACCUUUGUUUAUUUCAAGAGGGCUAAAUUUACUAUAAAUGAGCACACCAGGAUAAAUUUCUUUAUUGCUCUAUAUCUGGCUAAUACAGUUGAAGAAGAUGAAGAAGAAUCGAAGUAUGAAAUUUUUCCAUGGGCUUUGGGAAAAAACUGGAGAAAAUUGUUCCCUGAUUUCUUAAAAUUGAGGGACCAACUCUGGGAUAGAAUUGAUUAUAGGGCGAUUGUAAGCAGGCGAUGCUGUGAGGAGGUUAUGGCUAUUGCACCAACUCAUUAUAUAUGGCAACGAGAGCGCUCUGAGCAUCACAGUGGGGCUGUGAGAAACUACAACAGAGAUGAGGUUCAGCUGCCCCGGGGACCUAGUGCCACACCAAUAGAUUGUUCGCUUUGUGGUAAAAAAGGAAGAUACGUUAGACUGGGGUUGUCUUCAUCGUCUUCAUCCAGUGGGACAGUGGAAGUGAUGGAAAAAUGUUCUCAGGAAUCACACAACUCAUUCUCAGUGGAAAAAGUAGUUGACCCUUCUCAAGCUCAUAGCUAUCCUCAAGUAGCCAGUGAUCAUCAAUCAAACAAAGAAAAGGAAACUAAUUUCAUGGAGAAAGACAAAUCUAUGGAGUGGUUUACAGGAAGUGAAGAAUGA